AUGGAGGAGAGUGUUCGGUCGACCCGCAAUACAGUACAGGUCCGAUGUCAAGAGUUGGAGGAUCGGGAGAGGCAAGUCGCCGAUCACCAGAGAAAAAUGGAUGUGUUGAAGGCUGAGGCGGGUAAGAGGGCAGUGGAGCUUCGAGGCCUUGAGAAGUUGAUUCAGGAGAGACGAAAAGAAGCUGUAAAAGAAGAGCGCCACUUGGACUCUCUCAAGGUGUCGAUCAAAGAAAAGAAAGAGGAACUUGAGAAUAAAGAGAAGCGGCUAUCGGAUGCUGAGAGAAUGAUUGGUUUGAAGGAGGGACUGUGUGAGUCGAUUCAAAAGAGAAUGAAGGAAGGGUUGGCUAAGGUGAGUAGGGUUCAGAAGGAAAUAGAAGAGAAGACUGAACUGAAAGAAAAGCUACAUAAGACAGUGGAGGUAAAAGGGAAGGUGUUAUGUUCGCAUAGGAGAUCAGUGGAGGAGUGGUCGAGAAAGCUUGAAGCAAAAGGGAGGCAACUUGAAGAAUUGUCUGGGAAGAUUGAGUUGAAAGAAAAGCAGUUGGAACCAAGAGUGGAGAUUCAAUUGAUUGAAAAGAGGGUAAAUGAAUGCCUGAAUGAGAUUGAAUUGAAGGAAAGGCAUCUUCACUCAAUCGAAAGAUCAAUUCAUGAGCGUGAAGAAUCAAUGAAGGAGUGGUCUAGUAAGCUUGAAGCAAAAGGGAAGGAACUUGAAGAAUUGUCUGAGAAGAUUGAGAUGAAAGAAAAACAGUUUGAUGAGCCUAGAAUGAAUGAGAUUGAAUUGAAAGAAAGGUAUCUUCAGUCAUUCGAAAAAUCAAUUCAAGGGCGUGAAAAAUCGUUGGAAGAACACCAAAAGCGUUUAAAUUUGAUCUCAGAUGGAAUUGUAAUGAGAGAGAAGGAACUUGAUCGAAAGGCCAAGGAGCAUCAACUGAAGCAAUAUGAACCUGCACCAGUGAACUAUGUCAUUUCAUCCCUUGUCAAAGUUGGGGAACCAGAAUCUUUUCCGGCAAAACAAGCAGCAGUUUCAUCUUCUUCAAAUCUUCAAGUUAGUGACUCCUUAGAUGCAAGGAAUUUUCAGGGGUGUGGGAGUGGCAAUGAUGUGCCGGGGAACCAUUGUUUUACAAAUCUACAAAGUUCGUUAGACCCCGGAAAGCUUGUGUUGGAUUGGAUGCAAACUUAUCUCUCACAAUAUUGGACUAAAGCUGAUGUUGGUUUUGAAUUAACUUCCAUCAAAACCUACAUUUCCCUAUUAGAGCAGCUAAUGAGACUAUCGUCACAUGCCAAUGCUCAGUUGAAAGAGGGUGUGAUGAAGUUGGCAGUGCAAUGGAAAUCAAAUAUGAGAGCUGACACUAGGAAUUACUUGGAGAUUUUGGGAUUUUUGCACUUCAUCACUACAUUUAGGUUGCUAUAUACUCUAAAUGUGGAUGAAAUUGUGAGGCUUCUUCAGAUGAUAUCUCAGCAUAAAGAGGCUCUAGAAUUAUGUCCAACAAUUGGUUUUGCAGAUAAAAUCCCUGAAUUCAUCCGGAUUCUUGUUGAAAGGAAGCAGCUUAUGGAAGCUGUUAGGAUUGUCGAUGACCAGAUAACUCGUCUAAGAUCUACAAUUAACAUGAUCAAAGAACACAACCUGGAUUCCGAGUAUGCAUCAACGAAUAUUGAAAUGCAAAUAACUAAACUGCAUCACGUAAAGGAGAACUGGAGACUUCAGCUGGGGAAUUCGCAAACUGUGCCGAAAAGAGGAACCAAACGUAGUAGCGAUACUCAUCCCACUAAGAUUGAACCUAGUCUGAAGCAACCCAAUAAAUUACAUCGGACAGUUGUUGCAGCUCCAACUCUUCUUGCUGUCACACACCGGGAUCUGUUUACCAGGUAA